UCCAAAAGGGCUGCUGUCUUCGUGCUGAUCCUUGAUAUAUGGAACUGAUAUUGGUGGUCUACGGGUAGAGGACAGGCCACAUUUCUUAUCGUUUUCAUUUCGUUGUGCCUUUUUGAAUGGUGACUCAGCCCAAAGAUGACAUAAUUGCUAAGGUGAUCUUGGAUAAAUGAGACAUGUUUCCCGCUUAAAUCUUUUGUGCGAUCGAGAAUAUGAGCUAUGUUCAAAAGUAGAGUUGGAUGAUCUCUGGAUGUUCAAUCUUGGCAUCUCGCAGAGCAAGAAAUUAAACGCUGUCCUGAGAAAGCUGAUCAAUUGCUCAUUGAUUUGGAUCUUGUCCUCUUACUGUUAUUGCCUAGAUGCUCGUUUAGAGGUUGCAUUCUCCUAACUUCUAUGCGCUGGUCUGAUGGGGUUUAUACUAAUUUUCAAAAUUUCCCUCCUUCUUUUGCUGUGAUUCGGCCUUAUGCUUAAAGGCUUCACCUGCUUCCGUUUUCUUCAUGAAAGCAUAGCAGCAUUCAGGGGCUUUCCUUGCCUUCACAUCCACCACGAAUCCAUCAGUCAUCCACUUAAGAAGGAAUGGGUUUUAUGCCAACCGUCCGCCAUUACCUCGCUUUUAGACCACUGCACCACCAUGGAAGAAUUGAAGCAAAUCCAUGCUCAAAUGAUUACCACAGGCAUGAUUCAGGAAACUUUCUUUGCAAGCAGGCUACUUGCUUUCUGCACUGUACCUUCUUCUGGUCGAUUAGACUACGCGUCUUGUGUGUUCGGCCAAAUUCCCCAUCCGAACUUGUUCAUGUGGAAUUCCAUGAUCAGGGCCUGUGCUCAUAGUCGUCUAACCAAGAUGGCAUUUUCACUGUAUAAUCAGAUGCUCGAUAGGGGGUUUUCUCCUGACAAGUAUACUUUUCCCUUCUUGAUCAAGGCCUCAAUUCAUAAUUCCUCAAUAGAACAAGGGACGAUGAUUCAUGGCCAGAUUAUCAAGCUUGGCUUUGAACGCGAUGCAUUUGUUAUGUCAGCAAUCAUCAAGUUUUAUUUUCUGAGCGGGAGAAUCGAGACUGCACGACAACUGUUUGAUGAGUCUCCUGAAAGAGAUAUUGUACUAUGGACUACCAUGGUUGCUGCGUAUGCUCACUUGGGUGAUUCUGAAGAAGCAUUAAAGCUUUUUGAUCAAAUGCAAGUAUCUGGAGUCAUUCCCAACAAGGUCACUGUGGUGAGCCUUUUAUCUGCUUGUGCUCGGUUCCAUGCUCUCGGUAGAGGUCAAUGGUUGCACUCUUUUAUUAAGGAUAAUAAGAUUGAGUGUGAUGUGCUUGUGGGAAACGCCCUUGUCAACAUGUAUACAAAAUGUGGGGAUCUACAAAAUGCUGGUCAAGUAUUCAAUAACAUGAAAACAAAGAAUACUGUUUCAUGGAAUGUACUGAUUGGAGGAUUCGUGCACAAUAAUUUGCCUGCAGAAGCACUCGCUUUAUUUCAGAAGAUGAAACAGAACGGCAUGAAGCCAAGUGAAGUCACAAUGGUUAAUUUGUUAUCAGCUUGUGCACGGUUAGGUGAUCUUGAAGAAGGAAAGAAUCUUCACUCUUAUGUCAAUGAUCAUAACAUCAAUUGGGACACUUUUGUGGGUAAUGCACUGAUCAACAUGUAUGCAAAAUGUGGAGAUAUGAAUAGUGCAGCCCAAGUUUUUCAUACAAUCCCCACAUCUGAAAAAGAUGUGGUCACAUGGACUACUAUGAUUACAGGCUACGUUCAAGGGAACUGCUUCAAGGAAGCACUUUCCCUUUUCCGCAUUAUGCAAACCUCUAGAGUAUCACCAAAUGCAGUGACACUGGUAAGCUUGCUUUCUGCUUGUGCACAGUUGGGAGCACUGGAGCAGGGCAAGUGGAUCCAUGCAUACAUUGGCGAAAAGCUGGUGAAGUCAGAUGUGUUUUUGGGUAAUGCAUUAGUUGACAUGUACUCAAAAUGUGGCUGUAUAGAGAAAGCAGUGCAGAUCUUUCAUAACAUGCCUAAGAAAGAUAUUUUUUCGUGGAAUUCUGUGAUUGGUGGUCUUGCAGUUAAUGGAUAUGGAAGAGAAGCCUUGGCCAUUUUUGGUCAAUUGCUUGGGGAGAGCGACAUUUUCCCCGACCAUGUAACUCUUACGGCUGUUCUUUGUGCUUGCUCUCACGCUGGCAUGGUCAGUGAGGGGAUGGAUCAUUUCAGUAACAUGAAAAAUCUGUACAACAUAUCUCCCACAAUCGAGCACUAUGGGUGCAUGGUAGACCUUCUGGGCAGGGCUGGCCUCUUAAAAGAAGCAAUGUCCUUCACUGAAAAAAUGCCGUUCAAGCCUAAUUCAAUUAUAUAUGGAUCUCUCCUGUCAGCAUGUCGUGUUCAUCAUGAACUGGAACUUGGUGAAUUAAUUGCAGAAGAAAUUUUGAUGCUAGCUCCCAAUGACGAUGGGGCAUAUAUCCUCCUCUCCAACAUGUACUCUGAGGCAGGUAAAUGGAACAAGGUCAGGAGAGUUAGAGGAAAGAUGGGCUCCAAGGGCAUCGACAAGGCACCUGGAUGCAGUCUGGUUGAGGUUAAUGGCAUUGUUCAUGAGUUUCUGGCAGGAGAUACUUCACAUCCACAAUGUGGUGAAAUAUAUUUGAACCUGAUGCAUCUCAAUUCCCUGAUUCGUCAUGCUUCUGAUCUUGCGUGAGUGUCGAGUUCAACAAUAGUCAAUUGCAAAUAUGUUUUUACCACCAUCAUUUUGUGCGUCAUAGAUGUUUCUCAAAGGUAAAGCUCAUAUGCACUCCUGCAAAAUCGUUCAAGCUGCAUCCGGCUCGUUACUGGUAUGCUUUUAAGACCUCUGCAAAAAUGUAACUGCUACGCCUCAAUGAUGGUCACAGCUUACAGAUGGUAUCAUCAUUUCAUGCUUUGGUGGAGCCCUUGAGGCUAUUUCAAGGCAAUUUUCAACAGACUGAAGGUUUUCUGAGCAUAGUUGAGUGGCAUUGUAAAAAGAAAUCCAACAGUCCAUUAUGAUCAGCUAUCGUGAUCAUAUGUAAAGUUUCACUUGCAUGGAUGAUACAGGGUAUAUAGAAAACCAUAUUAUUGUCAUAUUUUGGCCAAGCCAAGGGAAAACCCAGCUUUAACCUGCUAUGAUCAGAAUGAGGUGAGCUUCUGAAACAAGGUCUGUGAGGUCUAUCAUACCACCAGUGGUCUGCCAGAUUCACCCUGUGAAGAAAGAUUCAUAAUUGUACCAAACUCUUAAAGUCCUUCAGCUUGGGUACUGUAAGCUGGCCCACCUAGCUUGGUGUAUGGAACCUGGGCGCUGUCACUGUCAUAAUUGAGUGGCAUGAUUCAACCAUCUCCAGCAUCGCAACCAAAACCAAAAGUUAAUUUCAGGACCAAAAAAAAGGUUCAUGCAUCACUAACAUGUGCACGCCACAGACAAGAACCAUGGUUUCCCACAUGUAGUGCUUCUGUCAGCAGUAUUAUUGAUGAUGUUGGCAAUCAUCCAGUUGAUAUUGAUGUUCCUAUUCUGAAAGAACGGUUCAAGCAAUUUAAGCUUUGUGAUCUCUGAGUUCAUUUCUUCAGUAAAACUCUAGGGAUCGAUUGUUCAACAUCCACAACCUUCGGUUGGUUCCUUACAUUUCUUUUUGCCCCCAAUAUCGGAAAUCUUUGUCGGCAUUUAAUAUUCAUUUUUCAUUGCCAAAGGCUAAGAUUUGCUGUGCA